AUGGCAGGCUGGUUUUCUUCAGUUUCUCCGUUCGAGGAGCAGGUCGAGAAGGCAACGGCUUCAUCCCUAGAAGACAUCGCGUUGAACCUGGAAAUCACAGACUUGAUCCGAUCAAAGACCGUACAACCGAAGGAAGCCAUGAAGUUGACAGAUACGUGCGUAAAAAACGGUGGCCGACAUUUCCUUCUCGAGAUAUCGUCCAGAGAAUUUAUGGACAACCUAGUUUCGCUGCUGAAAACCGAAGGUCCCAACGCCCUCAACGACAGCGUAAAGACGAAGAUACUGGACUUGAUUCAAAGUUGGGCACUUGCAACUGAGUCGCGCAGUGAACUGGCGUAUGUGGGAGAGACAUAUCGGAAAUUGCAAUGGGAUGGUUUUCAGUUUCCACCCAAGACAGAGCUGGCCAGCAGCAUGCUUGACAGCAGCGCACCGGUGCGAGUGGAUGACGGCUGUUACGCGAAGCUGACGUCCAAGUCGUUUAACCCUCCGGGUGUAUCGAACCGACCCGGCUUCAAGUCGCCGAAGACAAGUGCUCGAAUGGAGCCUCGAGGGGGUCGUGCUAAAGCAGAUUUCGAUGAAGAUCUCAAACGCGCUCUUCAACUGAGCCUUGAAGAUGCAAAGGGUAAAUCGUCGAGCGGAUAUGUCCCGCAGUCGAAGCCGACUCCUCGCGCUACUCCUUCUAAAACGAAUGAAAAUGUCAACGAAGAAGAGGAAGAUUCAGAUCUAAAGGCGGCUAUUGAAGCUUCUCUUAAGGAUAUGGAAGAACAAAAGAGGAAGCACACUGCUGCAUUAAAGAACUCGACAUCUCUAGAGACCCCCGGGCCGGGCACAUCCGCCACUGUUCUCCCUAAAAAGGACUACGAGUUAACUGCAACUGAGGCGGAGAAAAUCAAUCUGCUGGCGACUCUAGUAGACCGACUCCAGCAUCAGCCACCGGGAACGAUAUUAAGGGAGCCCCAGAUUCAGGAAUUGUAUGAAAGUAUAGGCGCUCUGAGGCCCAAGCUAGCCCGGACAUACGGCGAAACGAUGAGCAAAUACGAUACUCUUCUAGAUUUACAUGCUAAGCUGUCGACCGUUGUUCGGUAUUAUGAUCGAAUGCUAGAAGAGCGACUUUCGAACACCUAUGCACAGCAAACCUUGGGAGCGUACGAUUCUCUACAGCCAGCCCAGUCAUCGACGAAUUUGUACCCAACCAUGUCCUCACACAUUUCAGAUAAUCAAGGAGGCGCGGAAAGUUUCUACCUUGGGUCCGGUCCUGAUCGGCAAUUUCCACAUGCUUACCCCCCUAUGAGCAGGCAGUCAUCGGUGGACCAGUAUGAGCAACGCUCCCCGUCGGCAGCGGCCGGUACUGCCCCGGGAAUGUAUGCGCGCCCCGUUUCACAGUAUAACCCCCCUCGCCAGCCAUGGAAUCAACCCACAGAUACCAGCCCCCAAAUCCCAAGCCCCCAUCAAAACCGCUCGCUAUCAUAUUCAAACCAACCCCUUCAACAUGUAGCUGUAGGUGGCCAGAUGAAGCAGGACUCUGCCCAUCCCACCGGCCAGCAACCACCGUUCGCGGGGGGGCAAUACCCCCAGUCGCCCGUUACAUUCCAGAACUCUCAAUACUCGCAACCCAUUGCAGCGGCGGCUUCUUCAGGCCAGCAACACCCUCCGUCUAGAACUGUAGCGGAACCCUUGGCUUCGCCUCCACCUGCAAUGCAGUCGACGCCGUCAUAUGCGUUCCAAGGAUCCCAGAAAGGUGGGCCGUAUGAGCCUACUUUCGAUACGACCAGCCCACCAGUGCAAUAUACGGACCAGUACCACCAACCAUCGUACCAUUGGCAGCAGACGACUUCGGCCACACAGAAUGCGUACCCUGCUCGCCCCAUAAACGGCACUCAAAUAUCAGAAGAUACCUCCCUCCCAACGCCACAAUCGCCGUAUCAGUUGCCACUACAGCCACAGCCCAAGCCGGUUGAAGAGAGUCUAAUUGAGCUGUGA